AAGAAAUGAUGCGAAGGAGGACAAAAAGGCUUGGCGCGUAUCGGAGCCGUUCAGACCGUUCGGCAGACGCCGGUGGAGCGCCGCGCUGUCUUCUUCCGUUAUCGUGGCCUCGUAGGGCGAUUACGACAACUCCUUGAACCUCACCUCGGACUCUCGUUCCCCUUCAUUCAACUUGCUUGUCGUUGCUGUCGACUGUCGUCCCCCUCUUGUUCGACUCCGAUGUUCCUCCUUUUACCGUCCUUUCAUUAUCCUCCACCUAUUCCAACAUCCUGAACUCGAUCUUCUGCUCCGAUAACGCGUUGACGCAAUCGCAUCCCUCUCUGUAGUCUGUACGACGCACAAUUGCGGGACUACUUUCCGGGAAAAAUAGCACGCCCUCUAAACGACCGCAACCAUGACCGGCUCUUAUCAUAAGACUGCCCGGACUAUCUCGGUCGUCGCCGGCACUCUGGUAGCUCUGUCCUGCGGAACCAAUUAUGCAUACUCCGCAUGGGCACCCCAGUUUGCGCAUCGCAUGAAGCUCUCGUCGACCGAGAGUAAUUUGAUCGGUGCGGCGGGAAAUCUGGGCAUGUAUGCGAUGGGUAUCCCAAUGGGAUUGUUGACGGAUGCUCGUGGUCCACGACUGAUCACUCUGAUCGGAUCGAUCUUGCUGGCAUUGGGAUACUAUCCAAUCUACCUCGCUUAUCAAUCGGGAGAGGGAUCGGUGCCAAUUAUCUUUCUAUGCUUUUUUGCUUUCUUGACGGGAACCGGUGGCUGCUCUGCCUUUGGCGGUGCCAUCAAGACGGCUGCUUCAAACUUCCCCGAUCACCGCGGCACGGCGACCGCAUUUCCGCUGGCUGCCUUUGGACUGAGUGCCCUGUUUUGGUCUAAUGUUUCCACGUUAAUCUUCAAGGAAGAUACCGGUCGCUUCCUCCUCUUAUUGGCGCUUGGAACCUCCAUCCUCUCUUUCUGCUCGAUCCCACUCCUUCGGAUCUUCCCUGUCGAAUCCUACUCGUCUCUCCCCCAUCACGGUCCUGGUGACCCUGGUCAUUCUCAGCGAAUGCGCCGAGCAAGCAAUGUGGCAGGAAGCUCUGACGAGCACAACUCGACCGCAUUCGAUCAUGAGCGAUCGGCACACGCGCGCACACAAUCGACUGUCUCAAACCACCGAGCUUCUGGUGCCGAUUCUGACGAGACCUCCUCCCUCGUGUCAAAGCCCGAUGGCAGACCCUCUUUCGACACUUUGGAUGAUGACUUCCUUGGCGAUGUGGCCAUGGAGGCGCAUCACACCGAUAUUCGUGGGCUGGUUAUGUUGCGUCACGUUGAAUUCUGGCAGCUGUUUCUGACUAUGGCUCUGCUGUCCGGAAUUGGACUGAUGACAAUCAACAAUAUUGGCAAUAGCGCCAAGGCCCUCUGGAUCUACUACGAUGACAGUGCUACUUCCAAGUUCAUUCACCAGCGACAGGUCAUGCAUGUCUCAAUUCUCUCAUUCUGCAAUUUCCUCGGUCGUCUCUCCAGUGGUAUCGGCUCCGACAUUCUCGUCAAGAAACUGAACAUGUCGCGCUUCUGGUGUCUUCUAAUCUCAGCCGUCGUCUUCACCCUGACCCAGCUCGCCGGCUCCUCCAUUUCUAAUCCGAACACGCUAGUCGUCGUCUCUGCCUUUACCGGUGUCGCCUACGGCUUUUUGUUCGGUGUCUUUCCAUCUUUGACCGCACACACCUUUGGCAUUGGCGGUCUUUCCCAGAAUUGGGGCGUCAUGACUCUAGCCCCUGUCUUUAGCGGAAACGUCUUCAACCUUAUAUACGGUACCGUUUACGACCGACACUCCAUCAUCGGCCACGAAGGUGACCGCGAGUGUCCCGAUGGUCUGGCCUGCUACCGCUCCGCCUAUUAUCUGACUUUCUUCUCCGGUCUGGCUGGUAUCUGCGUUUGUUUGUGGAGUAUCUUCCGUGAGAGGCAGAUUCACAACGUCGUGCGGAAGAAGACCUGCCAGCGACUUGCAUAGACGAUGAUUUCCUUUUACUAAAAUCUGUCAGUGGUCUUCGCGCUCGCGAGCGGCAUGUUGAAUGCGUAAUCUCUCCUUUAGAAUUUUCUUAUGUUCUGGGCUGACAGCCCUAUGAUCAAACGUUUGCUGGUCAACCUUACACAGUCUAGCGUCGACGCUAGAACUUAUCCAAUAUUCGCAUUCGUGGCUUGUUUUUCAUUAUCUGCUAUAGACUUGAUAUACCUUGCAUCUCUGCGCUUCAUACUCUGAAUCUAUGUCGUGUCUCUCUCUGGCGACUUACUUUGUUUUACUUGUCGACAUGGGUGCAUCAUACUCAUAGCUUAUAGAGAAAUACAAUCCAUUGCGAUUGUCCCCAUCUCUUCACGUCACGGACCACUCCCAAGGUGGAAUAAACUUGCGGGCGAAGUACGAUCAGGCUGGCUGUAUCGAAAUAUAGCAACUCGUUGGGAAGUAUGGGUAAGAUACAUGGUGGGUGAAGACUGUAUUCGUCCCUAAUGCAGGCCAAUGCAAAGUCUGUCAUGUUCUGUCCUUCUACACCUUGGCCUGCCGCCCCUUAGUUCCACUUUCACAGCUACCUCGGUCAUUGCUCAACCUUGUGGAACUUUAGAAGACGAUUGAAGACCUUAACUUCCCGGGGCUUAAUGUAUAACGGUUCGGUGGUUGCAGCGUAUUCUUUAAAAACCUCUCUUGUCGCUCUCUUCU